GUAGUAGUCAGCUGUAUGCAGUAGUCAGUUGUAUGGUAGUCAGUCGAAUGCAGUAGUCAGUUGUAUGCAGUAGUCAGUUGUAUGGUAGUCAGUUGUAUGCAGUAGUCAGUUGUAUGUAGUAGUCAGUUGUAUGGCAGUAGUCAGUUGUAUGGUAGUCAGUUGUAUGUAGUAGUCAGUCGUAUGUAGUAGUCAGUUGUAUGUAGUAGUCAGUUGUAUGUAGUAGUCAGUUGUAUGGUAGUCAGUUGUAUGUAGUAUUCAGUUGUAUGGUAGUCAGUUGUAUGUAGUAGUCAGUUGUAUGGUAGUCAGUCGUAUGCAGUAGUCAGUCGUAUGCAGUAGUCAGUUGUAUGGUAGUCAGUCGUAUGUAGUAGUCAGUUGUAUUCAGUAGUCAGCUGUAUGCAGUAGUCUGUUGUAUGUAGUAGUAUUCAGUUGUAUGGUAAUCAGUUGUAUGCAGUAGUCAGUUGUAUGCAGUAGUCAGCUGUAUGCAGUAGUCAGCUGUAUGCAGUUGUCAGUUGUAUGGUAGUCAGUUGUAUGGUAGUCAGUUGUAUGGUAGUAGUCAGUUGUAUAUAGUAGUAUUCAGUUGUAUGGUAGUCAGUCGUAUGCAGUAGUCAGUUGUAUGGUAGUCAGUCGUAUGCAGUAGUCAGUUGUAUGCAGUAGUCAGCUGUAUGCAGUAGUCAGUUGUAUGUAGUAGUCAGUUGUAUGCAGUAGUCAGUUGUAUGUAGUAGUCAGUUGUAUGUAGUAGUCAGUUGUUUGCAGUAGUCAGUUGUAUGCAGUAGUCAGUUGUAUGUAGUAGUCAGUUGUAUGCAGUAGUCAGUUGUAUGCAGUAGUCAGCUGUAUGUAGUAGUCAGCUGUAUGUAGUAGUCAGCUGUAUGAAGUAGUCAGUUGUAUGUAGUAGUCAGUCGUAUGUAGUAGUCAGUUGUAUGUGGUAGUCAGUCGUAUGGUAGUCAGUUGUAUGUAGUAGUCAGUUGUAUGGUAGUCAGUCGUAUGUAGUAGUCAGUUGUAUGUAGUAGUGUUCAGUUGUAUGGUAGUAGUCAGUUGUAUGCAGUAGUCAGUUGUAUGUAGUAGUCAGUUGUAUGGUAGUCAGUCGUAUGUAGUAGUCAGUUGUAUGGUAGUCAGUUGUAUGUAGUAGUCAGUUGUAUGUAGUAGUCAGCUGUAUGUAGUAGUUAGUUGUAUGUAGUAGUCAGUUGUAUGUAGUAGUCAGUUGUAUGUAGUAGUCAGUUGUAUGUAGUAGUCAUUUGUAUGGUAAUCAGUUGUAUGUAGUAGUCAGUUGUAUGUAGUAGUCAGUAGUAUGGUAGUCAGUCGUAUGCAGUAGUCAGUCGUAUGGUAGUCAGUCGUAUGUAGUAGUCAGUUGUAUGCAGUAGUCAGCUGUAUGCAGUAGUCAGUUGUAUGUAGUAGUCAGUUGUAUGCAGUAGUCAGUUGUAUGUAGUAGUCAGUUGUAUGUAGUAGUCAGUUGUAUGUAGUAGUCAGUUGUUUGCAGUAGUCAGUUGUAUGCAGUAGUCAGUUGUAUGUAGUAGUCAGUUGUAUGUAGUAGUCAGCUGUAUGAAGAAGUCAGCUGUAUGUAGUAGUCAGCUGUAUGUAGUAGUCAGCUGUAUGUAGUAGUCAGCUGUAUGCAGUAGUCAGCUGUAUGUAGUAGUCAGAUUGAUACAGGAGACACCCCUUUCCAGAGGUGACACUGGGUAUUUUAGUGCCCAGUGUAUAGCACCUAGUACACUGUACCUCGAUUUUACGUCUCAUUCGUAAGACGAGUUUGUAGGUCACGUGCAGAGGGGGGAUCGAACCAGCGAUCUCUGGAUUGUGAAGCCAGUGCGUUACUAUUAGACACGAAUCUGCUACUUUUUUUAUCCAGAACAUUCUAUUCGCCAUUGUGAAAGUCGAAAACAAUCGCCAAAAAAACAUUGCUUAUAUGCAUUGUUAAUAUUUCAUUAAUAUUUCAGCUGCGUGAUGCAAGACGUUCGCGAAUCCAACCGGAGGUAGACCAGGGUGUAACCGUUCGUUUUCGCUUUCCUAGUGGCGAAACAGCAAGUAGAUUGUUCGGACCAGAUGCGGGCGUCGAGGAACUAAUCAACUUCGUGGGAGCCCGUGAGGAUGCCACACGGCAUUUCUGCCUAAGCAACCGGUUCGGGCCUUCCAUCGACAGCAGAGAGACAAGUACAGAUGGCACUCUAUCGACAUUCGGUAUAGCGGGUCCCACCACUCUGUUCGUUGUCUGGAUUGAAGAGAACCACGAUGAUGAUCACGACGACUUUCGGCAUUCACGCGCUCAGUCGUCGUCAGAUGGUUCGUUUGAGUCAGCAGCCAGGUCACCUCCCCUGGAAGGACAACACGUAGCGACCACGGGGGCGGACUCGCCAGGACAUUUGGUUGAUGCAGCGCCCGUGUUAUCUUCCGACACAUCGAUGGACCUUAUGCAUACGGAACAAGCCUCUCCUAGCAUGGAUGAUCCAAUAGCUAUUGAGUCGGACGCUAGCCUGAAUCUGCAUUUGUCUCUGGAUGAAGAAACACGGACAACCCGCAUCGUAGUUCGGCGUAUGAAUCUAAUGAACGACAUGCUGGACCAGUUCAGCGACGACAGUAUCAUCGAGACAACAUUUCGAGUUGACGUCGUUGGAGAACAGGCCGUUGACGAGGAUGGAGCGUUUCGCGAUGUUCUUAGUGGGUUCUGGGGUGAAGUUAUAGAUCGCUUUUUCGUUGGCGUGGAUCAGGCUGCCCCAGUUUUCUCCGGCGCAACACCCACAUCUAUAUGGGAGGCAAUUGGCCGGAUAUUGUACGUCGGCCUAGUCCAGCUGGGAUACCUCCCGCUUAGGUUUGGCCUUGCCAGCCUUAUUUUCGGCGUAUUUGGUGCGUUACAUGACGACCAUCUACUGCUCUCAUGGAUAGGAAGUCUCGGGGGACUGGAACGGGAGGUCAUGUCCCAAGCUAUUGACGUCGGUGUGCGCAAUUGUGAUCGGGGCAUAUUGUGUGACAUUUUGGGACGACACGCAGUGCCCGAGCUGCCGACGGACAUCAACAUGCGGCGCCUGGCGCUCCAGUGUGCAGAGGUUCAGUUUGUGGCCGGAGCCAUGUAUCCGCUGCACAGAAUGCGUUUAGAGCGUCUGCGCCCCCACCUCAUAUCUCCGUCACACACCAUGGGCAUUAUUGAAAGAUUACGACCAUCCAGUCGGGCAGUUUCAGAAAUGAUUCAGACAGAAGCCACCAAUAGCGAUGAAGAACGAGUUUUAGGAUAUCUGAGACGUUUUAUUAGAGAUAUAAAUAGUGAUCUCCUGCGCCUUUUUUUGUCGGUUUGUUAGCGGAAGCGACAACUUAAGUUUUGCCGCGAUAAACGUCAAUUUUGUUCCCCACCUACGAGGCCUGGCUCGAAGGAUCGUAGCACAUACAUGCUCGCAGACACUAGACCUCCCAACAACGUACAUGACGUACAAUGAGUUCGCCGCCGAAACACGAGCUAUAUUACAGGCAGGUCACUGGGAGAUGGACUUCGUUUGAAACAUUGUAG